CUCGAGUCUGACGCUGUAUAUAGUUGCACCAGUUGCGAAAUGAGCUUCAACUCCGUCCUGGAGCAUAUCAAGCAGUUCCACGAUGGCCAGGAGGUUUUGCUAGAGAUGGCGGAGCAGUUGAAUGAUCUGGCGACGACAAGUCCGGUAUCCGUGUUGUCCGAGGGCUCGGAAAAUGUGGCGAACGCACGACAGCGGCAGACGAUGAACACGUUGCGCACGGAGGAAUGUGUGGAUAGCGAGGGUAGGCUCUACACCAGAAAAGUCGUGCAAAUUGAGAAAUUCUGGGACCGUACUCCGAUUCAGGUGACAACGUCACAAUCAGCGAAGGCUCCGAUGAUCGAGAAGUUCUUUUCGAAUGUGGAAGGUGUUAAGGUACGAGAAAAACGCCUGGCGACCGCGUCGAUGCGAAUGUACAAAUGCAAUCAGUGCCUGCAGCAGUUCUCCAAGUUGGGAAAUUUUCGCGUGCACGCCUGUCUCCGUGGCAAUAAUCGUUGCGAGCAAUGCGAUCAGAGCUUCGCGACCCCUAGAGCCUUGCAACUUCACGCGAAGGUGCACGACGGCGAAGCCGAUCCGAACCGGAAGACGUUCCUUUGUACUACGUGCGGUACCGAAUUCUGCUCCCACAAAAGCUUACGACUGCAUUCGAGGAUGCACGCGCCAGUGAGAGCCAGACAUGUCGAUGCACCCGAGGGCACCCCUAACGCGACUUUCACGUGCCCCGAAUGCGGUAAAACGCUAUCCGAAUCGUACAAAGACGCGCACAUGACGCUUCACACGGGCGACUCAGUGACGUGCACCGUGUGCAACCGAAAGUUUGAUUCCGCGGAUAGCCUGACGAUGCACGCGGCGGUGCACGUCGAACUGGCACCUCCGCAGUCGCCUAUUAUGCAGACUUUGAUUUCGACGUCUUCCGAGGCAACGACGACACCAGCAACGAUAACGCCGGCUUCGACGGUAACGUCAACAACGACGGUGACGACGGCGACAACGACAGUGACAACAAUGGAUCCAGGGGACAGCCAGAAACCCUAUCAGUGCCAGCAUUGUGGACGCAGGUUUACCAGACCGCACGAGAAAGUCAAGCAUGAACGAAUUCACACCGGGGAGAAGCCGCAUGCCUGUGAGGUUUGCGGCAAGACCUUUCGCGUGUCCUACUGCCUGACCCUUCACAUGCGCACGCACACGGGCGUACGGCCUUACGGCUGUCAGCAUUGUGGCAAACGCUUCAAGGCGUCCUCCGUCUACAAUCAUCACUUGCUGACGCACGGCGAUGAGCGCGCCUACACGUGUCCGUACUGCCCGAAGACGUUCAAGACACGGGUGCAGCUGGCCGGUCACAAGAACAGCCACACGAAGCCGUUUCGUUGCACUGAGUGCUCACGGCCAUUCGCGUCGCUCUACGCUGUUCGCGCGCACAUCCAGACCCACAAGAAGGACAAUAAUCUCAAGUUCAGCUGCUACGUGUGCGGCGCGUCGUAUGGCCGGGCGUUCGCUCUCAAGGACCACCUGAAGCAGCACGGUCAGGACGUGUUGGCGCUACCGGAGCCAGCGCGGGAGGAAGAGGUACACGAAAACUUUCUCCUCGGCGAGGAGGAAGCUGAGGAAGACGAGUUCGUGGCUCCGCCACCUCCACCACCGCCGCCGCCGUCUCCACCACCGCGCUUCUCCGGCGUGGACGACACCAACUGAGGUCAAUUGUUGCAAUUCGAUUCUAGUCAUAGAAUCGUAGCGCGUCCCGCAAGCUUGCCGAAAGCUUGUCGUAAGCCUACGGAGCGUUCGUGAAGACUGGAGUAUUGUUACAAGUUCCGCGAGUUGUUGCGUGAAUCGAAUAGAGCGGAUUUUUUUACCAAACCCAGUCGCCAUCGAUUGGGACCUAGUUGUAUGUAAGCGUUGUUGACUCGUUAACAAAGUUUAUUGUCUGUUCGUAUUUCCCGUACUGUGUUCGCCGUUUUUCCAUCAUGAAUUCGUGAGCCUGAUCGAAAGAUUCACUGCUGGGAGCAACUAAUCCGCGAAUACAAGUGUUGCAUUACCUCAAUCGAUUCGAACUGGACAUAAUUACGCAACGAAGAAUUGGCCGGGUGCUUAAUUGGUCUUCUUUAAGAAAAAAAAGAAGCAGAAUUUGAAUAUAUCGUGAUGAAUUUUUUUGACAGGCUAAUAGACAGCGUACAUUAUAUAAAUUGUAAAUGUAUUGACCAAUUAUUAUUGAAUUACACACAAG